AUGCUGCUCCCACGAUUACUUGCGCCUGUCCGCGCAUCAAUAUCAACGUCAACGGCCUUUAUCGCUCCCUCUAUCCGCGUUCUCGACGCCCUCCGUGCGGCCAAUGCCAUCUCCACCCCCGCCCCAAUCCUUUCUUUCGUCCGACAUUCAGCGCAUCAAGCCCAAGGACGAGCCAAUGGAGCAAAGGAUGGACCAGGAAAGCGUCUAGGAGCGAAGAAGAGCGGAGGAGAAUAUGUGAUACCUGGAAACAUCAUUUUCCGCCAGCGAGGCACCCAAUGGUUCCCCGGUGAAAACUGCAAAUUCGGCCGUGACCACUGCAUAUUCGCUACCGAGUCUGGCUACGUGCGAUACUACAAAGACCCACGCAAACACCCAAAGAGACAGUACAUUGGCGUUGCAUUGGAGAAGGACCACACAUUACCCUACCCACCCAAUGCCGCACGACGGAGACGUUUAAACAUGUUUGCCGUUCCAAUCACAUCACCUACAAACCCCUCUGCCGACACAGUUGUAAUAACAGAUCUCCAAGUCGGCGACGGAACAGGCAGCCCCAGCAGCGUUCGCGACACUCCGCGGGAAGCGACCAGGAAGGGACUGAGUCUUACUCGCGGCAAGGGCUAUGCAUACCGCGAGGCCAAUUGGCAGAUUGGACGUGCGGCAGAACGGGCUGGCGUAAAGGUCAAGCAGUUUGUACCUGGUGACCGAUGGACGGCGUGGCGCAAGAGGGCAGUGAGGAUCAAGGCGAACGAGGAGAAGAAGAGGCUUAGGAACGCGGGUAAGAAGAGUAGCAAGCCCAAGGCCAGGAAAGCGAGGGCGUAG